UGAUAUGGCUGCAUGAAAACGUCCCUUUACGGUAAUUAAAGUGACUCCAGUCAAGGCCCUCAGCUGAGGCAGUAAAUAAAGAAGGAGGGGAAUGUGCGCCAGGCUUUGGCAGGAGGCAUCCAGGCAGUCAGACCCACUGCAAAGUGCUCAGCGCGGGACGCUCUCGCUUCAGUCCACGCCACUCCUCAUCUGCCCAGGAAGCAGACCCCCUCUGCCUGUCUCACUCUAUCUGUCUGCCUGUCUGUGGUGCUCAUCCUAACCAAUGAUGUGAAAACCAGCAGGACAGCUUUCGUCAGAUGCUCCAACUAGUCGUCGCUCCCAGACUUGCGCGGUUAUAUUUUUCAGCUCAGCCUCACAGUUGCAGAGUCAGACUCCAGCUGGUGAUCUCACGAGGAGACCUGGUGCUGUGAGAUGCGGCAAUGUCCCGAGGAAAAUGCCCCCGCGUGAACUCMUUGGACUCCGUCUGGAUCUUGACGUUGGUCACAUUUGCGGUGACCGUGAUGGACGGGGACGCCUACAGCUGCCGUGAGGUGAAAGCGGCUUUCCAGCUGCGGCAGGUGGGGCCACUUCACUUUGUGCCGGAGACACCUUACACAGACAUGUUCCAGUACCUCCUCUCCCUCUCUCAAGGCCAUCUUAGUUCUUUGUUGGAGGACUCCUACUCGUCCCUGUCUCGUCAUGCCUUGCCCCAUGUGAAUGAACUGUUUUCCUCUCUCUCCCUAUAUUUCCGUGGGGCCAAUGUUUCUGUGGAGGCAACAGUACAAAGAUUUUUCAACAACAUCUUCCCGUUUGUCUAUACACGGCUAAUUAAUCCAGACUUCGAAGGGAGCGUAACGACAGGCAGCGUAACGGGCGACUGCCUCCGAAUGAUCAGACAGGACGUCAAUCCUUUUGGACAUCAUCCAGCCGUCAUGGCUCAGGAGCUGGCUGGGGCACUGGUGGCUGGCCGACAACUGGUUAUCGCCUUGAAGAAAGGUGUGGAAGUUAUGAAUGCAACAGAACAUGCCAAUUUGAGCAGGGAGUGUGUAAAGAACCUAAUGAAGAUGGCAUUCUGCUCCCACUGCCGAGGCCUGACAUUGAUCAAGCCCUGUGUGGGCUACUGUCUAAACGUAAUGAGAGGCUGCUUAGCUAGUGUGUCAGAGCUGGAUCAGCCCUGGAGGAAAUAUACCCACUUGUUGGAGCAACUAACUUCUGCAGUGGCAGGGCACCACAACCUGAAGUUAGCCACUCUUGGGGUCAGGGGGCAUUUUGACGAAGCAUUGCUCUACGCACAACUCCAUGGUCCACUCAUUACUGCCACAGUGGACAAGGUGUGUGGCCUGUCUACAGGGGAACCUAAAGGCAUGCAGCCGACUAGCCCAGAGGUCACAACCUCUACCAUAACCUCAUCGACUCCUCUUCCAUCUGCCGCCCCCUUCCAACUUUUACAAGAGCAGAACCUGAGACAUUUUGCCAGAAUAAAGGGCUCAUUCCCCCUGAAACCAUCCAAGAACAAUAAACAUAGUCUGAGAACACUCUCUAGGGAGUUCUUAUUGUUUCUGCAGCGCUAUAAGUCGUUCUUUGCGGUAUUGCCAGAGAUGCUGUGUGAAGCAGAGGGUACUCUAGAAGAUUCUACCUGCUGGAGCGGGGAUGGCGUGGUGGAAAGAUAUACAGGCAGAAUUGUAGGAAAUGGUCUGUCUGCGCAGAGGCAAAACCCGGAGCUCAAAGUUCGCAGUAUGGACCCACUAAUGGCUGAGGUCAAGGAAAGCUUGGAGUGUUUCAACCAGGAGACUGAGGAGAAGUUUCCAAAACUGGACCAGAUCUGGGAUGAUCUGGGCAGUGGGGAAGAGGACGGCAGCACGACAGAUUGUGAUGAUGAAGACGGAUGUCAGAGCUCAGGAGAUGGUUCCAAAGGGAAAGGCGAGGAAGUAUCUCCAAGAUGGAAGCCACCAGAAGGACAACCCGGAGGUGGUAACACACAAGAAAACCCAUCUAAGCCACCAUCAGUGAAGGUGAUAGGAGGCUUACCAUCCAGCAGCUGGCUACAAUCUGGGCACCUUAUUCUGCUUCUAGUUGGACUUUGUGUGCAAUUGAUGCUAUUCUGAUGACAGCACUGUUUAUAAUUCAGUGCUCUUCCCCACCCCUGAAGAAACUUUUAUGACACUCGGAUCACAAACAGGAUUUAUAGGCCUGUCCUCACUCUGUAUGGCUGUACGUCAAUGAAGAAAAAAACAGAAAUGGAGAGCAGGACAGCAUGUGGAUACCACUGUAGGAGCCUGCAGAUGGAAUGCUUACAACAAGAACUCCUACAACAUCACCAAAUAUUAGACUUGCUSUUUCCACAAUACCAUUUGGAACUUGACAAAAAAGGAGCCUUAUACAGUUUUUGCUUCACUUGCACAAAUCUAACCUUUUUUGAUUCAGAUGGGUUGCAUCAUUCUUAAGAACAUUUAUAAACACCUAAAAAACAUGUUGCUUAUAAUAACAUCCUUCUUCCUUUUUCUACUGCUGAUUUUCUGUAUUCUUAAAGCUUUGAAGCUCUUCGCAGCACUGCAUCAGUGCCACCUGUGUGGAGGACUUACGCUCAUUUGAAAUCUCAGCUCAUUACUUUUAGGGGACUACGAUGUGCAUGAUAAACUGAUAGAUCAAUCCCAGUUGCCUGGCCCAGAACAGCAGAUUUGAAAUGCUCAUAUGACUUGUGUACCUUGCAAAAAAAUAGAAUGUAAUGAGUUCACAGGUACAGCAGUGGCUCACUUGCACGGUUGAACAUAUUCUGCAAAUAAACUACGUGUGUAUACUGUAACUGUAUAUAGGUAGAAAGAUUUGAUGGAAUGUAUGAUAUCUUGAUCAGAGAAUAAACAAUGCUCUUAACUGAUUGAGGUUAAUGAAUUAUUUUACUUUUUUUUGUUUCAGAUGGCUAUGACUGUGCUUGUCAGCUCUACACUACAUCUUAAGAAUAGUUUUUUAAAUUAUUUUAUUAUAUUUAAUCAACAAAAAAAGCAAUAAUACAUUUUUUACUUCAAGUCAGUACAUGAAUGAACAUUUUCUGGACUUACUUUCUUUUUUUGUGUGCAUCUUGUGUUGUGUGUUUGCUUGUUGAAUUGCACAUUGUUGAAUGUCUAACCUGCAAAGGUACCAAAAUAUAUAAUAACCUUGCCCAUAUUUUCUCACUACCAAGAUCACAUAUUCUGAUUUUUUUAGAAGCCAUCGAUGCAGUUGUCCUUUAUUUAUUUAUUUUACAUCAAAUAGAAUCAAAAUAAACUCUUAUUCUUGUAAAACAUUUCUUGAAUUCCAAUGGUUAAAAUGUGUUUUGGUCAUUUUGCAUUGGCACAGAACCAAAAUAAAAAGUUAAAUAAAUUAAAAUCUAUAAAUUCAUGUAUCUAUAUGUGGGUCUCUUUAUACUAAUUUUAUUUUGGAGGUUUUUGUUGCGCAAACUAAAAAUAUAUUGAUAAGUAUUGGCACUGUGAUGUGCCUCUUAUAGAACAAACAUUAAUAUAAAAUGGUACAUAAGUACAAUUUAAAGUCUGACUGUGCCAUAUAUAACUACACAGAAACAAAGCUUGGUUAAAUAUUUAGCAUAAUGUCCAAUAAACGUUUAAUUUAAGGGAGAAAAUAAUGAAAAAUCAUCAUAGAAAUGUAACAUUCUGARUGUUGAAUCAAUGUGUCACAUUUUAUAUUCUGCAACCACAUUUGUUUCCUCCCUAUAAUGUUUUCUCCAGACUAGUGCCCACUCCACCCAUUCAUGAUUUACAGCUCUGUACUCUUGCAUGUGUAUAAAUGUACAUAAUUUUCUUUCUUUGCCAUUUGUUUUGUGUCUAAUUGUGUUUCUUUUGUAUCACUGUGAUACUGUGCAAUUGAGCCCUAAUAAAAGUGCUCUGCUCUUUU